AUGAUAGUCCGCAUUAGAAGUGAACAAGGAACAUUUCGAAUAGAAACUAAUCCAGAUGAUGACAUUACAACUAUAACGAGCGAGAUUGUUCGACAUUUAAAACUCUCUGAUCCGAAUAGAAUAUUGAUAUCUAACAGCCCCAAACCCGCCACCGCAUCACCGAUAUCAGGACUGAUUGGAAAAACGUUUGAUCAUCUUGAAAUUCGUCACGGCGAUAUGCUCUAUGUAACUCUUGUCGAUCCUGAGGAGAAAGAACGACCACCACGCCAGGAACUAGAAUCAAAAACAACAUUAUUACCGUCGGCGUCAACGUCUAUUCCACUCCCUUCAGUAAAACAACAUCCUGUGGAUGAUUUUUUGGAAAAACAAGAGGGCCUAAUUGCCAGAGGGCGAGAUCCUAAAUUUUGCAAGCAUUCGAAUAAUGGAAUGUGUGAUUAUUGUAUGCCGUUAGAGCCGUACGACCCAAAGUAUCUUGCAGAAAAAGGCAUAAAACACAUGUCAUUCCACUCAUAUCUUCGCAAGAUACGUAAAGAAUCCAAUAAAAACUCUAGAAACGCGAGGUUUAUUCCACCGCUAGAAGAACCUGAUUUUCGCGUCAAGGAAAAUUGUUCUGGAGGUCAUGCUCCCUGGCCGGAGGGUAUUUGCACUUCAUGUCAACCAGGUGCUAUUACUUUACAACCUCAGUCAUUCCGUAUGGUAGACCAUGUGGAAUUCUCGAGUUCAUCGCAUAUUGAGAAUUUCAUUAACUACUGGCGCUCAACAGGUUUGCAACGUUUCGGCUACAUGUACGGAAAAUACGAACCAUAUCCCGAUGUCCCUCUAGGUAUCAAAGCAGUUGUUGAAGUUAUUUAUGAACCGCCACAGGAAGGUGAAGUCGAUGGCAUCAGUUUAGGGCUUCCGUGGAACGAUGAAAAGAUUAUUGAUGAUGCAGCGGAAGCUUGUGGUUUGACAAAGGUUGGGAUGAUUUACACAGACCUGACUGACGAUGAAACAGGCCAAGGCAAAUCCCGCUACUUUAACCCUUCGCGAUACUCACCAACCGGCAAAUUUGGGUCAAAAUUCGUCACAUGCAUUGUAUCCGGCAAUAAGGACGGCGAUGUUGAUGUCUCUGCGUAUCAAGUAUCAAAUACUUGUGUCGCAAUGGUGACAGCAGACCUUGUUGAGGCUAGUGUUGAUCCGAGUGUCGUGAGAGUGAAAGAGAGCACAAACCAGAGAUACGUGCCUGAAGUGUUUUACAAGUAUAAAAAUAAUUAUGGACUCGAGGUCCAAGAAAGUGCAAAGCCAUGCUUUCCUGUCGAAUACUUUCUUGUUAAUGUGACUCAUGGCUUCCCAUUCUCUCCGAAUCCGCUUUUCACAUCCUCGGAUGCAUUUCCAAUUGAAAAUCGAGAUGAACUUGGGAAACAGGACCUUAAAACUUUGCAACGUCAUCUUGCAAUAGAUCAAGGCGGUAGUCAACUGAUAACGGCAGUUUCAAAUUUCCACGUGCUGGCAUAUAUUAAACAACUUGAUCAAUUGGACAAUAACGAAUUCAGUCAAUUAGUAAAACUGGCAAUACAUCACAAUGCAGCAGAUGCAUUUGCACUUGUUGAGAUGCCGGGAUGGCAAAAGUUGCUUGCUCUUAUUGAAAGCGGUCAAGAAGUUCACAAAGGAAAAUGGAGUUGUAAACGAUGUACUUUUGAUAAUCCAUCAUCUGCAAGUGUCUGUCAGAUAUGUGAAUUUCCCCGGGAAUAG